AUGCGUUUUGUUUAUGUUCGAGUUGAUUGGGAGAGCAGUGCCCACGAUGCUAGAAUUCUCCAAAACACUUUGCUGGAUCCAGAUUCGGGGUUUCCAAUGCCCCCAUUAGGGAAAUACUAUGCGGUGGAUGCUGCUUACACAAACAUGCCUGGCUUUAUGGCACCGUUUAGGGCUGCUCGGGGCACGCAUCAUGAGCGAGCAGCUAAAGUUUUGUUCAACAGGCGACAUGCUUCGCUUAGAAAUAUUAUUGAACUCAGUUUUGGAGUUCUAAAGAGGUGUUUUCCAAUACUCAGAGGUCCAAUGCAAAACUACCUAAUAGCAACUCAAAACAAUAUAGUGCUUGCAUGCUGUACUCUCCACAACUUCAUUCGAGAUAAUUCACCCAAUGAUCUAUACUUCAACGAAGAAGCUGCCCUCGGAGACUUUGCAGAUGCACAGGGAGAUCUAAAUCAAGUGCAGGUUCCCCAACCAAUAGAUAUGUCACAACAGGGUAUAGAUAACUGGAAUGAAGAUCGACGGGCAAUAGCAGCUCACAUGUAUUUCACUGCACAAAACUAG